UCGUGCCACUCGAAGGAGCGCGACUGUGUUGAUCUGAUGCAUGCACGGGACGGGAUAGCGCAAUAGGUCUUACUUCACGUUACCGUGGACCGCCUUAUUGCGUGGUUAGAUAUUUGGCAAGUCCCGUUAAAAGAUUUGGUCCAUUAUAUCGUAACUGCGCUGACAACCAAAAAAGGUCUAUUCCGCUUGGAUGAUCUGUUCAGUGAGAACCUCACCGCGAGACUCCGCUCGUGCGCUUGCUUCGCUCUGAGAAGAGGAGCCGAUGUAUCAUAAGUGAAGUGCAAGGAAGGUUUAGAACGGACUCCAUACAUACGUGAACGGAUGGGACCUGACUUUGACCCUUCCAAGCCGAAGAUGAAGUUGCUAUGGAAACUGCUGGUGCUGCAGUCAUUCAUGGGGUGCCUUGCAGCGGACAGUGUGCUGCAAAGUCCCGUUUUCACCAAGCAGCCGGGCAGCAUUGUUUUCCCGGUGGACUCUAUGGAGAAGGGCCGUGAGGUGGUGUUUAGCUGCGAGGCUCAAGGACAACCCACACCUUUUUAUAGGUGGAAGCUCAAUGGAACCAUCGUUGAGCCUAAGCCCGGCUCACACUACAGCCUCUCUGGGGGCAACCUCCGUAUCAGCCAGCUGAACAAAGACCAGGACGCCGGGACCUACCAGUGCCUCGCCUCCAAUGCCUUUGGGACUGUCGUCAGUCGUGAGGCUAGCCUAACCUUUGCAUACUUAGAAAACUUCAAGACUCACCGGAGAAGUGCAGUGUCUGUGAGGGAGGGACAGGGGGUGGUGCUUCUCUGUGGGCCACCUCCCCACUCUGGAGCGUUGAUGUUCAGCUGGAUUUUUAAUGAGUAUCCAUCAUUCGUGAAACAGGACGUGCGAAGAUUCGUGUCCCAGGAGACAGGGAACCUGUACAUCGCUAAGGUGGAACCGUCUGAUGUGGGAAACUACACUUGUGUCGUGACCAAUACUGUCACAAAAACCCAUGUACACGGCCCGCCCACACCUCUUAUACUGCGCAUAGAUGGUGUUAUGGGGGAGUAUGAACCAAAGAUUGAAGUGCAGUUUCCAGAGGUGGUCCAGGUGGCAAAAGGCUCCACAGUGAAAUUGGAGUGCUUUGCAUUGGGCAAUCCGGCCCCUUCCAUAACCUGGCGACGGGUGGACGGAGUCCCCUUCUCUCGAAAGGUGGACAUGAGGACAGUCAGCGGCGUGCUAGAGAUACCAUACUUCCAGCCGGAGGACUCUGGCAUCUACGAGUGCAUUGCAGAGAACUCGAAAGGCAGGAAUUCAGUGCAGGGAAAGCUCUCCUUCUAUGCUCCGCCGCAGCUGAUUGAAAAGCCGCAGGAUGUGCAGAAGGCCAUCGAUGACUCUCUGGUGUGGGAGUGUAUGGCCACGGGCAAACCCAAGCCCUCCUACAGAUGGAUGAAGAACGGAGAGAACCUCGAACCCACUGAGGAGAGGGUGCAGGUGGUUAAUGGCGCCCUGUCCAUCAGCCGCCUGGCACUGUCCGACACCGGGAUAUACCAGUGCGUGGCCGGGAACAAGCACGGGGAGGUUUACUCCAACGCAGAGCUCAGGGUGAUUGCUGUGGCUCCGACUUUCGGAGAACACCUGCUGAGGAGUCACACCCUUGUGAGAGAAGGAGGCGAUGUGCUCAUCGACUGCAGGCCCAAGAUGUCCCCAUGGGGUACAGUCUCCUGGAGGAAAGGCUCAGAGGUUCUCAAAGAAACCAGCAGGGUGACCGUCCUGGAGAACGGGAGCCUGCGGAUAGCGAACAUCACCAAGUCCGACGGAGCCUCCUAUACGUGCGAGGCACACAACCAGUUUGGGGAAGCGAGCAGCACAGGGAUGCUAAUGGUGAAAGAGGCAACCGUCAUCAUGACCCUGCCAUCCACAUUGGACGUGACCGUGGGCGAGAGCAUCGUCCUGCCCUGCCAAGUGGCCCACGACCCCUCACUGGAGCUCAAGUUCACCUGGUUCUUCAAUGAGCAGCUCAUUCAUUUUGGCAACCAUGGUGGAUACUUCGAGAAAGUCGGUGGACGCUCCUCGGGUGACAUCAUGAUCCGGAACAUCCAAAUGAGGCAUGCAGGAAAAUACACUUGUGCUGUGCAGACCAAGGUGGACAGCAGCUCUAUUGCCACGGACCUGAUCGUCAGAGGCCCCCCAGGGCCUCCUACCAGCAUCCAUGUGGAAGAGCUCACAGAUACCACCGCCACUCUGUCCUGGAAGCCCGGGCCUGAUAAUCACAGUCCAAUUACCGCCUACACCAUCCAGGCCAGAACCCCCUUCUCCCUGGGCUGGCAAGCUGUCACUACAGUGCCAGAGGAGGUGGGGGGUCAGCGACUGAAAGCUACAGUAAUCGAGCUCAGCCCCUGGGUGGAGUACGAGUUCAGGGUGUUGGCAAGCAAUGUGCUGGGCACCGGCGAGCCGAGCAAGCCCUCCAAGCAGGCGAGGACAAAGGCCACACUCCCGAAAGUCACUCCAGCUAAUGUGAGCGGAGGAGGUGGAAGUCGUUCAGAGUUAGUCAUCACUUGGGAGCCUGUCCCAGAGGAACUUCAGAACGGCCCGGGCUUUGGCUACGUGGUCGCAUUUCGACCUUUCGGUGCCACAGGAUGGAUGCAAGCAGCCGUGCCCUCGGCUGAAGCCUCCAGAUACGUCUUCAAGAAUGAAAGCAUCCAGCCUUUCUCCAAGUUCCAGGUCAAAGUUGGAGUCUACAACAACAAGGGCGAAGGACCUUUUGGGCCUGUAGUUACCAUCUACUCUGCUGAGGAGGAGCCGGGCAGAGCACCGACCAGGAUUCGUGCACAGAGCCUCUCUGCAUCAGAAUUGGAGGUGAUGUGGAAAGCCCUCCCCUGGAGCACGAGUCGAAGGCGUGUUCUUGGCUAUGAGUUGAGAUACUGGGAGAAGAAGGAGAAAGAGGAUAUGGCUAGUGUCCUAAGGACGGUGGGAAAUCGGACAUCAGCCAUUAUUCAGGGGUUAAGAGGGAGCAGCACCUACUAUGUAACAGUGAGGGCCUACAACACCGCUGGAACUGGGCCACCAAGCACUGCGGUCAACGUGACAACUAAGAAGCCUCGUAAGCAAACAAGUUUUAGAAAUGUGCCUACAAGAGCUCCCAGUCAGCCCCCUGUAAAGGUCAUGUGGAACACAUCCAACUCCAAGAUCAUUCUGAAUUGGGAGCAAGUGAAAGCUCUGGAGAAUGAAUCGGAGGUUACGGGAUAUAAGGUUUUGUACAAGCAGAAUCGUCAUAGUCGGACUCGAGUCAUGGAGACAAACACCACAUCUGUGGAGCUGUCUCUGCCUCCUGACGAGGAAUACAUCAUUCAGAUCAAACCAUUUGGGGAGGGAGGAGAAGGAAGCAGCAGCAGACAAAUCACCAUCCCAAGAAUAUCAGGUCCCAACGCAAUCGGAUCUGCCUCCAGUGUGUCCACUCUCUCUGCACUCAGUACAAUAGCCCUGUCCCUCACAGCCCGGACGUCCUUAUGACAAAAAGCAGCCCAGGUGCCCCGGUUCCAGACGAGACACUCUCGUUAGGUAGGCGACUCUGAGAGAAGAGACUUGGACGGAUCAAUGAAAACUUCCACCCAAUCAAACCCGCUCAUAUUAUAGAAGGAAAAAGGUCAGAAGGACAGGUCCCAAGGAAAGAACAUACCGGAAUGAUUAUAUGGGUUUGCGGUUCAGAUGACUGUUCAGAACAGGAUGCCUGUCGGUGGACAUGAAUUUGUUGUUACCAAA